AUGAACGAACUAAAAUGCGACCUCCAUGCUGCACUCUUGUGGGUGGAAGAUCUUCGCUGGUCAACAAGGAAUAAGUUUUUGAUACUGUGGACGGAGAUACCGUCGUGGGGACUCGGACCGGAGUCCGAAGUCAUUGCAUCUCUACAUUUGCACAGCACGGCAAACUGGGUCCGCGGUAUCGAAUGCUGGAAUUUCGAAAGUGAACGGUACUUUGGAUCUGAGUCCAAUGCCACAGUCGUUCAUGGCUACUCUCCUCCCCAAACCCUCGCUCCAAAUUUCGCUUCGCCGAUGUACGCAUCUCCUAACCCUGAUGCCUACCUCUUGUUUCUCGCCUUCUCGAAGCCUGGUCCUUUGGUGCUACUGAUAUCGUCGGCACACGCGCAGGCAGUUCUACCACUACACCUUGUUGUGCCGCUAUCAAUCAAACUUAACGUUCAUGCAUAUAUUGGAUUACAGCGUGUGAUAAACGACGAAGGCCUUCUAGCUUCAAGCUUCUUCCGUUCGUUCAGCAUGACAGGUCCUACCACAAGCUCGGUCCUACAGGACAGCGAUUAA